UGGGUUGUUGAGGAUGGCGCAGGCCGCAGAGACCAUGGAGCACGACCCCUAUGUGGUCCAAAACUUCAACUUCUCUCGAAUGCUGGGAGCAGGUGAGCUGGCGGGACGAGAGGGAGGGUGAGAGGAGCCGGGGAAGCGUGAGACACGGCGUGGGACGUGAUGCACUGAGGGAGGCGGGAUGGAAUGUGUCGGAUGGAUGGUGCAUUUUGCUCUGUGUGGGUGCGUGGACGCGUGGGUGGAUGUAUUGGCAUAUUCUUGAGGCUUUCCAUUACGUACUACCUCCUUUUCAUUCUUUCCCUCUGUCUGCUUAUUCUGUUGGUGUGCAGGUGUCUAUGGCUGCGUAGCUGCCGUGACGAAUCGCACGUUGGCUGAGGUCCCCAAGGGCACACCGCUGGCCAUCAAGAAGGUGACCACGCCACUGACUGAUCAUCCUGGGGGAACUCAUGGUGACAUCUCUCUCACCCGCCGUGCAUUUGGUGCGGUGUGAUAUGGUGCGUUGUUGUGUGCAGAUGAGGAAGUGGAACGGGGGCGAGGGCAUGGAAUCCACCACGAUGCGCGAGGUGAGAGGCCUACCACACGUUGGCAAUCCCACACACAACACGACGCACCACAACAAACUCAUCUCCCCCACGUCCCCGCCAUCUUUCCGUGUAUGUGUGUGUGUGUGCCAGGUGAAUGCGUCGAUGGCGUUGAGGGGCCACAUGAACAUCGUCACCCUCCACAAGGUGGACAUGGACCCCUCCGACCCCAUGGCCACCAUCGUGUACCUCAUCUUCGAGCUGUGCGAGGCCGGCGACCUCGGACGCCUCCGUACCAUCUGUGCCAAGGAGAACAAAAUCAACUUCCCCUACUGGAACCCCAACAAACUACUCCCCAAGAACACAGGUACCACACACACAGCGACAACACACACAUGGGAGAGGGAGAGGGAGAGAGGCUCACGUGUUGGUUUGUAUGUGUGUGUGUGUUGGUGUGUGUGCAGUGCCGACGCUGGAGCAGUUGGCCCGCGUGAUGUUCCAGAUACUCAACGGCAUCGCCUACAUGCACUGCAAAGGACGUACGCCAUCCUGGCACUAUGGCGCACAUCAUACCAACCCCUCUUCCAUCCACAGCCAUGUUCUGAUGUAUCUCUGUGUGUGUGUGUGUGUGUGUGUGCAGUCAUCCACCGUGACCUGAAACCUCAGAGCAUCCUCAUGACCAACAACUGGAUCGUCAAAAUCGCCGACUUCGGUCAGUUACCGCACACAAGAGAUCCGCCCACACAUCCAUCCAUCCACUCGGCCUCUUUGCUCUCUCUCUCUCUCUCUGUGUGUGUGUGUGUGUGUGUGUUCUUCACUCAGGUUUGGCCCGCACGGUGACAAUUCCGAAUAAGUUGAUGUCGCACAAGGUGGCCACUCAGUGGUGAGCACCCAACCCAAUCCAACACCUACACCCUCACACACACACACACAGACAUACAUACAGAGCAUCGCACAGUGCAUUCAGCAGUGUCUCUCUCUCUCUCUGUGUUGGUGUGUGUGCAGGUACCGCCCCCCCGAGUUGUUCAUGGGACCGUCGCAUCACGGCUGUGCAGGCGUUGUACCACCCCUUCUUCGACAUCGUUAACAAGAAAAAGUAAGUGGGCCAAGGAGAACACACACAGACACAGACACACACACACACAGAGAGAGUGAGAGAGAGAGAUGGACGAAUGGACACGUCUCUUCUUUGCUUCUUGUCGUUUGUGUGUGCAGGUACCACCACUUCCUGGGCGAGUUGCAGGCCAACUAUCCUGAAGGUACGUAUACGUUUGGUAGAGGAGACACAGACCCCCUUCCCCCUGCCCCCCUUGCCCACACACAAAGAUACAGAGAGACACAGAGAGAGAGAGAGAGAUACCCGCCACCCACCCAUCACCUCUUCCCCUCUCUCUCUCUCUCUCUGUGUCUCCAUCCAUCCAUCAAUCCGUGUAUCCAUGCAGGGUAUCCCGUGAUGCCGCCGAAGCCGCCCUUCCCCGAGGUCAACUACGGCCUCCCCGACGACCACAUGGACAUCGACGAUGACAAGAUGGACAUCGACGACGGACCGGCACCGGCCGCCGCCGCCGCUGCUGCUGCUAGCGGUGGUGGCAGUGGCAGUGGCUCCAAGCGCCGCCGUGUCCGCCGUGGCCCCACACAGGGCAACAACCAGGCUGCCGGGGGCGGGGGGGAGGGGGUGCGGAUGUCGCCCCGUCUGCAGGAGAAGCGGGAGAACGGCCAGGGACCUAUCAAUUACGCCCAGCUGUCCAAGGGCAAGGGCAAGAAGCGCGACGGCGACGGCCACGCCAAAUAGAGCACCAACACACACCACACACCACACAUACACAGAUGGACGUGCUGAAGGGGGAGUGUGUGUGUGUGGGAAUGCUGUGGCCGCCUGGCUGUUUGGUGACUCACUGGUGAGUAUGAGUGUUUGUUGUGGUG